AUGUCUCAACCAAACACCAAACAAAGGCAAAGACCACAAGCCGAUGUCGCUCAAGUUGACCGCAAACAGCUUGACCAGACCGAUCCUCUUCAAGGUGACCGCAAACAGCGUCCUCAAGUCAACAGAACAAAGGGUCCUAGCACUACUACAUCUUCAAGCGCAUCGCUCUCGCGAAAGAUGUUGACUCCAUCUUCUAUUCACCCUUCCGUGGCCUCAGGAAAAAGCCCCACCUCUACUUCUACUCAAUCUUCAUCAUCGCUAGGACCGUCGCAGCCGCCCUCAUCAAAACUCUCCUCGCAACCCUCCUCGUCCAAUACUGUCGCCAAAAAACCAGCUGGAAUGGCCGACGCCAAGAAACCCAAGAUUCCACUGAAGGACCGAAAGUGCAUCUUCUGCCCCAUCAUCAAGGACGUAAAAAAUGCCGUGACCAAGGUCCACCUCAACGAGGAGUGGGACAAGGAAUUCCUGGUCGUGCAACCCAUCGGCCCCGUGACCGAAGGCCACGUUCUCGUCAUCCCGCGUGUGCACGUCCAAGACGCCACCAGCGACCCCGAAAUCUUCGGGAAGACCUGUGCGGCCGCUGCUCGGGUGGCGAGAAAACUGUAUCCGGGCAUGGCGGUCAAUUUCGCGAACAACGAAGGCGAACUGGCCGAGCAGUCGGUGCCACAUCUCCACGUGCACGUGGUGCCACGUCGCCCUGAUGAUGGACUCGUCAAUUUCUGGACCACACAGAUCCCGGGCCAUUACAACACCACCGGAAGGCCCGAGCAUCCCGAACACGUGCGGCCAAAGUUUCCGCCCAAGCCCACUGCGGCUGCAUGA